AUGUUUGAGGAUAUACAGUUAAUUUAUAUGAGUGUUAGGAUCUUACGUUUCUGGGCUUUGCUCUACGAUAAGAAUAUGAAACGUUAUAUCUGCCUAACGCUUUCCAUCAUUCAUGUGCUCACCCAAUUGUUGUACAUCUUCACCACUAACGAAGGCAUCACAGGCAUUAUACGCAAUUCCUAUAUGCUUGUCCUUUGGAUCAAUACGGUGCUACGGGCAUAUUUACUGCUACACGACCAGAACAGUUAUUUGCAACUGAUUAGAAACCUACAAGUGUACUACCACGAACUAAUGCGUCUUAAGAAUUCCUAUGUGACACAUCUCCUGGAUCAGGCAAAUCGACAGGGCAAGUUGAUGGCUCGUGGUAAUCUUUUCUUUGGUCUUCUAACCUGUAUUGGCUUCGGUCUUUAUCCGUUGAGUUCCAGUGAGCGGGUGCUGCCCUUUGGCAGCAAAAUACCCGGCGUGAAUGAGUAUGCCACGCCCUGCUACCAAAUUUGGUUCGUCUUUCACAUGCUCAUCACUCCGAUGGGCUGCUGCAUGUAUAUACCGUAUACGAGUCUGUGUGUAGCCUUCAUUAUGUUCGGGAUUGUGAUGUGCAAGUCGUUGCAGCAUCGAUUGCGUUGCCUGAAAGAACGGCAGCUAACUAGGCGGCAACUAUCACAGGAAAUAGUCGAAUGUAUUAUCUAUCAUCAGCGGAUCAUUGAUUACAUACAGACCGUCAAUAAGCUGACUACAUACAUAUUUCUGAUUGAGUUUUUGGCAUUUGGUGCACUGCUCUGUGCGUUGCUUUUCAUGCUGAUGCUUGUGGAUUCUACAGCCCAUGUGGCCAUUGUGGGUGCGUAUAUAAACAUGAUACUGGCACAGAUAUUGGCCCUGUAUUGGUAUGCCAAUGAGUUGAGGGAACAGAACUUGGCCAUUGCAACUGCGGCCUAUGAAACCGAAUGGUUUACCUUUGACAUACCAGUUCGCAAAAAUAUUAUACUUAUGAUAUUACGUGCACAACGUCCAGCUUCGAUACUCUUGGGCAACAUACGACCCAUCACCCUGGAGCUGUUUCAAAACCUGCUUAACACAACUUACACAUUCUUCACUGUGCUAAAACGAAUUUACGGUUGA